AUGUUCAACUUUUUUAGUAGUGCAAAUAUAAAUUAAAAUAUCCCAAAGUAUAGCGUUAAUGACUUUGUUUUUAGGUUGAAAAAGAUAGAGAAAAUUGUAGUUAAGGAAGGUUUGGACGGAUUUCUCUUGAUUAAUGGAGUAGAUUCUCGUGAAAAUACAGAAUAUGUCAAAUUGACAAAUUGGCUUUUUUUAGGAAAUUCAGGUUUAGAAAUCGAAGAAAAUGAGUACUUAAAUUAAAUUUACAGCGAUAUGAUAGUAUUAAUUAAGAAAGGAACUACCCAUAUUUUCAUAGACCCAGAAGCAUUAAAUUCUCUUCAAACUCUUAUUUACAGUAUUCCUAAUGUUGAUGUUUUCUGUCCUACUGAGAAACAAUAUGAAGAUAAAGAUGAAAUGGAGCUUCUCAAAAUGGCUUUUUUCCUUAGGGUAAUGAAGCCAACAAAAAAAGUUGGUAUUUUAUUAGGCUAAAAAGACAAAGGAAAAAUCAAUUCAAUUGAAAAGUGGCCAUUAAUUCAGUCAUAUGGAUUAGAAGAAUUAGGAGUUGGGUUUUUUAGCAUGAACCAUGAAGUAGUUGAUCUCACUCUAAGAUUGAAUGCAGUUUAUAAAAAUUAUGAUAAGUUCUUUGUCUCGAAGUUAAUCUAUGUAGUAGCUAAGAGACUAACUGGUCACUUCAACUCAGCAGCAGGUUAGUUAGGAGAUAUGAAAAUGCAUAAAAGAAAUUUAGCAACUGAAAGUUAACUAACAGAAAUAUUUAGGGAUACAUAUGAAAUAGAAGAAAUAAGUAAAUGGGUGUAAAUUAGGGGUGUAAACGCUGCUCUACCAAAGCCAAGAGUGUUAUUUGGUAAGAAUACUUCUGCAGACUGCUCUAAAGAACCUUCAGUUGCACCAUUAAAAGAUUUAAAAUACUCAGAAACUUUUCAUUCAUUCCAUGCAACUUUUGAAACUUUUGAUUUAAGAACCUGCUUAAGAGCAGCAAGAACUUACUUUUUAGCAAAGGGAGUCAAAGAGGAAAGAAACCUUAUCACUUUAAAUGAUGAUGAAGGCGUUCCUUAAGGAUAUGAGUUAAAUAUAGAUGAAAAUUAGCAAUACAAAGACUAAGACUUUUUGGCUAACUUAUAUCUUUCUAUCAUAAUCGGAUUCAAUGAAGUUAUGCAAUUGAUUACAAAAGACUAUAAAAAUAUGACUGAAGAAUUUAUCUAAGAUUAUAUUUUUUAGAAGGUUUCUAAAGUUUAUGCUGGUUUCUAAAUCCCAGAAAGCGAAAUUACUUUGGAUAAAAUCUAAAUUAUUUUGAAAGCAUACAACUCCUUUGGUGAAGAAGUUAAAAUUGAUUUUAAAGACACAAUUUCUUUCAAGCUUACUCCUUAUUUCUUCAUGGUUAGAAUAGAAUAAAAAAAUAUUAAAAGUUAAAUUCUAAACAACACAGUCCUAGGUUCUUUAGUUUUUGCUGAGUCUUUUAUUUUGCAAGAAGGUUGCUAUUUACUAUUAACAAAAGAAAUACCUUAUUUUGACCUAUGGAACUGCUAAAAUGAUUACUCUGAAAAGAUCGAAAAAAUGAAAAAAAGAAUUUUAUGGGAACCUCUUGGCAAGUAAAUUUCAGAUGAAUUACCUAAGAAUAGAAUAUUCGUUUAGACAGGUAGAAAAAGUAAUUAUGGGUUUGAUAUCCCUAUUAUGCAGGCUAGUUAUUAUAUGCAUGAAUUAGGUUUAAGAAUAGAAACUUAAAGACUAGGAUGGUUCAUAUUAUUUUUCAAAGAAAUGAAAGAAAUUCAAAUAACAUAAAAAAUGAAUCACACUUGGCUUAUAUUUAAAGUCGAUUCUAAUAUAACUUUUAAUUCAAUAAGCAAAGACACUAUUGCUUUAGAGUUUACAGGUGAUGCUCUUGAACAAUCAUUUUUUAAGAUAAAAAAUUAUUUUGAAGAAAACUAAAUUAAGUAUGAGUAUUAGGUUGAUAUUCCAGCAAUAUUUUAAGAAUCAUAGAUAGCUAAGAAACAAAUUCUAAAUUAAUAGUCUUAAGGUUAAAAAUUAAUCACAAUGAAUAGCAUUUAAAACGAAUAGUUCUUUAUAUCUUACAUCGAAAGCAAGCAACUGAUGAUCCUAAAUCAAAUGAAAGACCUUAAGUUAUCUGCUUAUAAAAACCUAUAUGAAUAAAUGCAAAUCAGUUAAGCAAUCACUCCUGUUGAAAAUCAUAUUGGAGUCAUUCUUGUAAAUGGUAGCUACUGCUCUGGAAAAAGAAAAUUUGCUGAAAAUUUAAUAAGAUUUGGAUCAGACAACAAUUUAAGACUUCAUCUUUACAAAUUUGAUUUGAAUGAAAUGAGUGAACUAACAGAAAAAUCUUAUUUAAGUGGACUGCUUAAAUUUGCUUCAGAGAAAAAAAUAUAAAAUACUGACGUUAUUGUCGCUUCAGUCCCUCAUUUUAUUAACACUAAAAUUCUUAUUGAUUACUUUAGCAAGAGCGAAAAAAUUUCUAAUGCUUUUUAUAUCAGAACUAUUGCUACAAAAAUAAACAUAAACAAUAUCUAUUCCAACUUUAACAAAAACCCAGUAAACAAUGUUUUUACAUACGGUGUAGAGGGUUACUCUUAGUUCUUGCUUUUGGAUACCUAUAAUAAUUAUGAUGCAGAUGUAAAUGCUUUGAAUAAAACUCUCUCAGGUGUUCUUCCUGGUGCAAAAAUUUAUAAAAUUAUGAAUAACAUUUUGAACCCAGCUCUUGCUAAAGAUAUUCUUACUUCUAUUACUUUUAUUUCUGAGUAAAAUAACUUAAAUAGAUUGAAAUAUUCAGUUUAAUAUGAUCUUUUGACAUCAAAUGGACCAAGUAGUGUUGUUUUCAUACCUUUUAAGCUUCCCAUUUUGAGAGAAAAGAUAAGAGAUUUAAUUUAUAAGAAAAUCCUGCAAAAUGGUAACUAAACCCUAGUAGAUACAAUCGAGGCUGAACAAAAAAUUGCAGAAUUCAAAGAGUUAAACAAAAAUUCUAAAGAUCCUCUAAUGAUUGAAAUCAUUAAAUUAAAAGAAAAAAUCGAAAUUUAAAAUGCUCAAACUAGUGAUUAAGCUAUUAAAAUAGACUAUGUUAAGGGUAUAUUAAGAUAUGAUAGCAAAUUAAAAGAAGGGUUAGAGGAAAUAACUAUAACACCUAAUUAUUUUAUUGAAAGAACUGUAAAAGGAGUUGAUGCUAAGGAGUUCACAGAAGAGCUUAAUGGAGUUUCCUUUAAAAAUGUUAAAUACACUGGAAUUACUAAUUCUAUAAUCAAUGAUAUGGGUUUCGUUUUUGCUGGAAAAAAUCUCAAUAAGGAGAAGUUGUUAGAAUUAUUAUACAAGCUAGUCAAGCCACUGAAUAAGCAAAAGUUAAGAUAAAGAAAAGAUCUAACAGAAGAAGAGAUAGUUGACAUUUAGUUUAGAAACAGAGGAGAAGGUUUAGAAAAUGGUGAGUUUUAUGAUGGAUAAUUUUGGAGAAACAUUUAAGGUUUGAUUCUACCUCACCAUCCAAAAAAAGAUGAAUUUAUUGAAGAAUAUUUAAAGUAAGAAGAAGUAAGAAUAAACCAAAUUAAUGAACAGUUGUAAUAAGAAUGGGAAACAUGGAAAUAAGUUUAUGAUAAGAUUCAUUUAGACAAGUGA